AUGACCAACACUCAUCCAAUUCCGGAUUCUGAUCCUCCAAACCUCGAUGGGGAUUCCGAUUCUGACAUUGACGCCCUUAUCAAUGCUCUUUUGGAACCUAACCCCCAAUCCUCCCUUCUUGAUCACCUCCACGGAUCCACCUCUGACGUCAAAGAAUCAUCCCUCAAGAGAGGAUUCCACGCCGAUGAUUCUUCCCACACUCAAAUUCCCCUCAAACGCGGUCGUAUUCACAAUGUCACACACCACCAUGAUCAUCUCCACGCCGCCUUUCAAAUUCAAAACCCUACCCUUCCUCCUCCUCCUCCUCCUCUUCCUCUCUCCCAGCCCCUGCCGCCUGCAGCUAUCAAUGGAGUCUCUCAAGCCGUCGAAGGGCCAAGGAAACGCCCCGUGUUUGACUCCGAUUUUCUAUCCAGAGCUCUCCGUGAAGCUGAAUCUGUCUUUCCGGAGGAUUCAGCCGAUAACGGCGUUAACUUUGACGGCGAGCCUGGGAAUUUUAAAGGACCUUAUCUAUCGCUUAAUGAUUAUCGGAGGAUUCGGAACAUGGAACGUUUCCGACAGAUAGCCAAGGAAAGCGCCACUCACUAUGCUCGAUUCACCUCGGAGGAGACCCCAGACGAAAGGCCGUCGUCUUCUACUGCGCCUCUGGAAAUCGAUGAUUCCACAUCUCCGUUUUCGAUCUCUGUGAAGGCCAUCAAAGAGCGAGCGGCGAAAAAGAAGGGGCGUGAUGCAUGGGUUGCGAAGAAUCAACAAAGGGAGAAAAGGGUCUUGGUUCCCUCUUUGCAAGAACUGUGUCUCAAAAUUCUGGCGGAUAAUGCCGAUGCCAUGGUUUCUCUUGAGGGUGUUCCGGAUGAGUUGAGGCACAAGCUGUGCAAACUUCUAUGUGACUCGAGAAAGAUGAACAAUCACUUUCUGGAACUUCUUCUCAGUGGGUCUCCCACGGAGAUUCGCCUCGGAGAUUGCUCGUGGUUGACGGAGGAACAGUUCGCCAAAUGUUUUCAUUCGUGUGACACUGGAAGAUUGGAGGUGCUGCAACUUGACCAGUGUGGAAGGUGUAUACCUGAUUAUGCAUUACUUGAUAGACGGUCACAAAGGUGGUUGCCGAGACUAAUUAGUCUGUCCCUAAGUGGUGCAUGCCGUCUCUCAGACAAGGGGUUGCAAAUGCUAGUUUCUUCUGCCCCAGUACUAAGAUCAAUUAAUUUAAGCCAGUGCUCCCUUCUCUCAUCUUUCAGUGUUACUAUUUUGGCCCAUUCGUUGGGAUCUCUAUUGAAAGAGUUAUAUCUUGAUGAUUGCCUAACUAUCGAUGCUGCACAAAUUGUGCCGGGAUUGAAGAAACUUGAACAUUUAGAAGUCUUGUCAUUGGCUGGCAUUCAAACUGUCUCUGAUGAGUUUAUCCGGGAUUACAUCACUGCACGUGGUCACAACAUGAAGGAGCUUGUUUUAAAGGACUGUAGAAAAUUAACCAAUGCAUCAAUAAAAGUCAUUGCUGAGCACUGUCCUGGGUUGUUUGCACUCGAUCUUAUGUAUUUGGACAACUUGACGGAUUUAUCCAUGGGAUAUCUUACAAAUAGCUGUCGAGUACUUCAUACAUUGAAACUCUGCCGUAAUCCAUUCAGUGAUGAAGCAAUUGCCGCAUUUUUGGAGAUUGCUGGAGAUUCUUUAAAAGAACUUUCUCUUAAUAAUAUUAAGGAGGUUGGGCACCAUACAGCCUUAUCACUUGCUAGUCAUGCAAAAAAUUUGCAUAGUCUAGAUCUGUCUUGGUGCCGAAAUAUGACAGACAAUGAGUUGGGUUUGAUUGUGGAUAGCUGCUUCUCACUGAGGUUGCUUAAACUGUUUGGAUGCUCACUGGUAACAGAUGCUUUUCUGAAUGGGCACUCAAACCCAGAGAUUCAGAUCCUUGGAUUGAAGAUGUCUCCUUUAUUGCAAAAUGUCAGAGUGUCUAAUACCUGUCAAGGUCCUUUGCGUUAUUCACCAGUCUCGGUAGAUUUGAUAUAUAUAGAUGAGAAUUAA